GGGGUGGUCUGCGCCUUUGUGUUAACUUGUCAGAUGUGAACAAAGCGAUAAUUCCUGAUAAGUACCCUUUACCUACCGCUGAGGAGCUCACCAGCCAUUUUCAUGGUUCCACUGUCUUUAGUAAGAUGGACUUGCGAAAUGGCUACCUGCAGGUUCCCCUUGCACCUGCUAGCAUGGACCUCACAGCUUUUGUUACACAUGUGGGGGUGUUUAGAUUUAAACGCAUGGCUUUUGGUCUUUCCUCGGCUCCAAGCUGUUUUCAGAAGAUUAUGUCACUCAUCCUGGCAGGUAUCCCGGGUGUCUCCAUCUAUCUGGAUGAUGUGGUUGUACACGCACCCACCAUGACACUGCAUGACGCUCGUCUGGCGCAAGUUUUUCAACGUUUUGAGCAGCAUGGCGUUAAACUAAAUGCUGGGAAGUGCGUGUUUGGUGUUACAGAGGUUGAGUUUUUGGGUUUCAGGCUCUCACAGGCAGGAAUAGCUCCCAUCAUGUCUCACACGGAAGCCAUUCUGUCUUUGCCAGAUCCUCAGUCACCAGCCCAGCUGUCCUCUUUCUUGGGGAUGGCUGCCUACUACCUUAGAUUCAUGCCACAUUUCUCAGACUCAACAGCUCCUUUACGUGGCUUGCUUCGGAAGGACGCACGCUGGGACUGGACCCCAGCCUGCCACGAGGCUGUGCGCGUCAUAAAACAACAGCUCACCUCUCCUCCCACUUUGACCCAUUUUAGCCAGAUGGCACCCACGUUGGUCACCUGUGACGCCUCUGGUUUGGCUCUUGGUGCUGUGCUGUCCCAGAUCCACGAGGGGGUGGAACGACCAGUGGCGUUCGCUUCCAGGGCUCUUACUCCAGCUGAGCAGAAGUACUCGGUGGGGGAGAGGGAAGCACUGGCUUGCCUGUGGGCAUGUGAACGCUGGCAUGUCUAUCUGUAUGGUAGGGCUUUCACCAUACGCACAGACCACCAGGCUCUGACGGCAUUGUUGGCGACUCAGGGGUCUGGACACAAACCCAUGAGAUUGCUGAGGUGGGCUGACCGGCUAAACCAGUACAACUUCCGCUUGGAGUUUAUGCCAGGGCGUGCUAACACGGUGGCAGACCUUCUGUCCAGAGCGGUGUCGGUGACAAAGGAAGCAGGCGAGGUCACUCGAAACACAGAAAAUGAUGACGACUUGGUGCACAUUCUGCACGGGCCCCUCAGCUCCGUAGUUACCUUGACUGAGCUGCAAAAGGCCUCUGCUGACGAUGAGACUUUUGCAACUCUCCGCAUUUACAUCCAGGAUGGGUGGCCAGCCAAGGUGGAUGAUAACCUACUCCCCUACUACCGUUUUCGGAAUGAGCUUUCCUGCUGGGGGACAGUGUGCCUGGCUCGCGGCCAUCGAGCAGUUGUCCCUGAGACCCUUAGAUCUAGAGUGCUUCACAUGGCGCACGAGGGGCACUUAGGGGUGGUCAAAGUGAAGCAACGGUGCCGCGAUACAGUGUGGUGGCCUCACAUAGACUUAGAUGUUGAGGAGCUGGUACGUAACUGUGCCUGCUGCCUGCUGAGUGGGAAGACUGGUCAGCCAGCUACGGCACCACUCAACCCAGCCCCGUGGCCUUCAUCACCUUGGGAACACAUCCAGAUAGAUCUCUGUGGAGAACUCCAUGGUGCACCUGCUCAUGCCCGUUACCUCCUGGUUGUGCAUGACCUGCAUUCCAAAUGGCCGGAGGUUUUUCAGCUUAGUUCCGUUACCACACACACCAUCAUCGGCCGCCUGGAAGAGCUGUUUGGACGGUGGGGGCUUCCCAGCGUGGUUACUACAGAUAAUGGGCCGCAGUUCAUCUCAGCUGAGUUCACCGAGUUUCUGAAACAACGCUCCAUCAAGCACAUCAGAACAGCAGCGUAUCAUCCGGAGAGUAAUGGAGGGGUGGAACGGCUUAAUAAAACCCUCAAAAAUGGGAUUCGUGCCUGCAUGGAAGAAGGGAAUGUUUUCAGCGAGGCCCUCAACCAAACUCUUUUGAGCAUUCGAGCGUCAAAGCACUCCACCACUGGGGUAUCUCCGGCUCUGCUCAUGAUAGGACGCGAACUGAAGCAACCUCUGGACUGUUUGAGGGCACAGCCUGUCCCUCCACAUGGCACUCAAGGUUUGCAGAAAGUCAGGGCCCGGGUCAUAAGUUCACAGGCUCGGAUGAAGAGGCAAUUUGACGACACACAUCGAGUGCAGACCCCUUCACUAGCUGUUGGGGAUUGGGUUAGGAUUAAACGGGCCAACCGCCAGCACAAAUUGCAGUCGUACUGGUCAGACCCUCUCCGGGUCACUCAGAAGCUGGGUUCAGUCACCUACAGACUAGAAAACGGGACGCGGUGGCACUCAAACCGUCUGCACAAAGUCCCAGCCCCGACAACACCUAUGUCAUCUCCCGCAGCAACCUUGGUUUGGCCGGCUGGGCCGGGGACCAACCGGCCUCAGGGAGGUGUGCCACUCAGGCCUGAAGCGGAAGUUCAGCCAGCACGGCCACAGAGGAUAAGAGGCCCACCUAUCUGGCACAGAGACUAUGUGACUGGGUGAUGGUGACAUUGGGGUGGGAGAGUUGGAGUUUUCGUUCCAGUGAAGGAGGGGAAGAAAUGUUAUGUCUGAAAGUGUUCAGAUUAAUGUCAUGUUGGUUGCUGUUAAAGCAACGUUAAUAAGAAGUGAGUUACUGCGCCUUUAAGAGCUGAAGCUCUUUGACUGCAAAAGUUGAGAUAAAGAUGUUGGGGGGUUGGGGGUUAAAAUAAAGGAGUUUGGAGCAGCAA